AUGAAGUUUAAAAUCUAUAUCACAUUGUUAUCGCUCCUAUAUGCUGAAACAAUCAGAGCUACUAAUGUAUUUUACGAUACAAAUGGAGUAAAUGUGCCUCCCGGUGUGGUCCAUGAGAACAAGUUUGGCAUUGAUAUAUACACCUCAUCCACGAAUAAUUAUGAUUCUGUCAUUUUUUUUGGUAGCAAAUUAUCUACAAAAUCUAAUUGGCAUAUCAGGGAACUAGUGAUUUUUAAGGUCAAAUUCACCACAUACAUAAAAAUUGUCACCGUUGACUUAAAGAAUAGAUUCACCAUUAACUACUAUGCACAUGAAAAAAACAAACUGUCUAAUAUCAGUGUAGAUAAGAUGCUCUCAGCCAUGCGCCAGUUUCAGGAGAUGAAUGACAUCGCCGACGACUUUAUGGAUAGGAUUAUUAGAGGGAUACCUUCUCAUCCGACACCUGGAGUAAAUAGAGAAAAUCAACUACUUGUGAUAGACGGACACGCGACACAAACCACAAAUUCUACGGAUUUGAGAGGCAGCAGUUAUGACAAAUCUAUAGGAAAAACCCCAGGGUCGUCAAUUCAAACAGCUUCUAAUACUGGCAUUGACGUUGACCAUGGUGAUGGAAUCAGGGCUGUAUCCACGAAAGCUUCUCCUCUCCCCCCUUCUUCAAUAUCAGAUUUGGAAUCGAAAAACUCUAGGUUAGACACAAAGUCUGAACAUAUGUACCAAUUAACAGGACAAUUUCGCCAGGUGAAGAAGAUAGAAAUAGACGCCAAGUUACCUAAGGUGGUUUUGGACUCCAAAUUUGGCCUUCAAGGAGUGACUAUGGAUAACCAACACAAAGACUAUGUGCUUUAUAUGGUGGAAGGCGGGUUCGACCCAAAGUUUCAUAUAAAUCAGAUAAGUUUUGGACCUCUGAUAAUCGACUACACUGAGGAUCAUUUCGUGAGUUUGAUAGUCAUGAAUGAGGGAGACCGACAUAUCGAAGUUGUAUCGCUACACAAUCAGGGCUUAUAUACUAUGAUUUAUAGUGGACAGAAUUACGAACUAGAUCUAGACAUCCCUAGGUGUAAAGAGAUUCCGAUGCCCAUUGAAGGCAAAUAUAUGUUAUUAGACAUUAUCAAUCCCGACCUAACUAAUAAUAAUAAGAUUGUGAGGGUGGAUGUGUACCCUACUUACUUGUUAUAUAAUAUAGCUGAUAAUGACACAAUAAUCGAUGUCAGAUGUCGUAACGUGGACGUUUAUUUGGGAAUUGAGGAAAAGGAGAGGCAGAUUCAUGUGCAAAUGAAUGGAAGGAAUGUAUACAAUGUGACAAUUACAUCGGUUAUAGAUGGCGAUGUGAUCGUCCGAUCUUUUGAAAAGGAUGGUUCCAGAUUUGUCUUCACUGAUCAAUCAUAA